UGGUCGCCAAGUUGAUUUGCUGCUGAUGAGGCUGAGAAGCUUUUCGAUGAGAAAACUCGUGCUGAUUUAGUGAGAAUCUUUCGUCGCCUCGAUUCACCGAAAAUAUUUACAUCGUUACCCGCUCAUCGUGCGGGCGCCGUUGGUAGUGGCGAAAAGCGCGCGAUUAUUGUAAAUACGAACCGGGCCAGGCCAAUGGACGGCAAGGCGGAGGGACGCUAAAUCGAAGCGACAAGUGUGUUGAUGACCGCGUUCCCCGAGACUUUUCGCGUGGAUAAAUACUCCCGAUGGACCUCGCGACUGUAGACAAACCCAAAAGUGCGUCCAACGUGCAGAAAGAAGAGCUCGUACGGAUAUUCGAGGAGUACCAGCAGAAGAUGAAGCUAGAGAGUCUGGACGAUAGCAAAGAACGCACCAAGUUCUGGACCGACGCGGCGCAGCGGUUGAACAAGAUAGAAGGGGGCACGGUAAAACCGAUCUCGAAGUGGGUGAAGUACUGGGCGGACGUCAUCAUAAACCUGCGCCGCAAGAGCCGCCUCGUGAUGGAAGGGCGUUCGCGGCGGAUCGGACCCACGCCGCUGGAGGUGCGCAUUCUGCGCGUGGGCAACUGCUACGAUGUGCUCGAAAAUUGGACGAAAUCGGUCGACGCCACGGCCGAGAUGGGAAUUGCCCCCGUCGAAGAGUACUACCCGGAGGACACCGGCGUACAAAAGGAGGAAAUUGUGGUGGAAAACUAUAACGAAGACCAGCUGGUGGACGAAGAGUACGUUUCCUUCACCAAGAACGACAUGGACGGCACGGCACAAACCGUGACCACGGAACUGCACAUCCGCAAAGCCUCCGAGGAGGAGCUGAAACCGGCCCAAAACCAUGCGACGGCGGAGUACUCCAUCGAGCUGUCGGCGGUCAACAGCCUCACCAGCGCCACGAGCGAAUUCCUGCGACCCAAGCCGCCGAUCGUGGCCGAGGUGCGGCUGAAGGAGAAUCUGAAGCGAAACACCGAGAAGCUCGAAACGGUGAUGAAAAAGCGAAAGAUUGACGACUCCAAGUAUGCCAUCGCCCAAGCCCUCACCAACAUGUCGUCCGCGAUACUGGCCCUGUCGAACGGCGUCAGUGAUCUGGCCCAGGCGCUAAUGAACGAUAGCAACAACGGUGGCAGCGGCAUGCAACAGUCGGUUCUGUAACCGAAAUCGGCGCGCAUCGGAGCGUUAAUUAGUUUUAAAAUGGAAGACGAAAGUACGGACGGUUCGGUUCGUAUCAGCUCUAAGGACGACGACGAAGACGAAGGUACACGAAAUAAAAGGUAUCGUUUUAUUUCAUAAUUUACACAAUUCACUCUUUUCGGUUGAUAAGGUAUCACAAUACAGUUGUCCGUAACAAAAAACAAACAAUAAAAUAAACGCGGCAACGGGGAAACGGCCACGAAUGACCGGUGGCCGCCCCGUCAUUCUAACAAGCUUCCCCUGUGUGUCUCUAACGAUCUUAGCGUAUGUGUUAGGCCAUUUUCUUCGACUACAUGAAUAGUAAUAAAACAAAAUCGAAAC